GUGGGUGGCAGAGUUCAGCUCCCUGGAGGGGAAGGAGGGGCGUCCCAAAGAAGGGUCUUUGAGGAAGGGGUGGGGGGCGACAUCAGGAGGAGGCUCCCAGGGGCUGUCUCAGGGGAGCGAAGGUUUUCUGGGAACAGCUGGGGUCUUCAGUAGAUAGACCACUGUGCAGGCUGAGGGAGGUACUUCUUGGCGCAAGGCCUUGGGUAGGCAGGGGCGAAGUCCUCGCAGAAGUGGGGGGGAGGCCAGAGGAAGUGGCUGGGCCUGAACUGGCACUGUGCCUGACACAGGGCUUGUGCAUCCCCCUAGUCUUCAGCUUUGCCUUCUGAGCCAGUCCUCAGGGGCAGGGGCCCUUCUCUUCUUCCACCUCUUCUGUUCUCUGACCCCUGGUUACCUGUGGCCCUGUGGAACGAAAAAGAACCAGUGCCUGAGCCCAGGAGUGGAACCCAAGCACUGGUGAUAGAGUUCAUCUUAGUUCCUGAGAAUUGGAUUUAUUUCCCUGUAUCCACAUAGUGGGUGGCACUACACUCCUUAUUAUACGAUUGCAUCUUUGGAUUGCUGGUUGGGGGUCCGCCUGCUUUCCAGACUAACUGCUGACAGUCCAAGAAUUCCUGAGGUUCUUCGCAGUUCUCAGGUGGCUGCACCCUUACUGGCCCCUGUAACCCAGACAAUUUGUUCACAGAAAGUUCAGGAGCCCUGGAAAGGAGAAGGAAUAAGACGACAGGAGGAAGAGAGAGAGAGGGUAGAAUGGAAGAAUCUCACUUCAAUUCUAACCCGUACUUCUGGCCUUCUAUCCCCACAGUCUCAGGACAGAUUGAGAACACGAUGUUCAUCAACAAGAUGAAGGAUCAGCUGCUGCCGGAGAAGGGUUGUGGGCUGGCUCCACCCCACUACCCCACCUUGCUGACAGUGCCUGCCUCCGUGUCCCUGCCCUCAGGCAUCAGUAUGGACACAGAGUCCAAGUCAGACCAGCUGACCCCACAUAGCCAGGCGUCUGUUACCCAGAACAUCACCGUGGUCCCUGUGCCGUCUACAGGACUGAUGACUGCUGGUCCCGGUUUGGUAAUCACGUCCCCCUCAGGCUCCCUUGUGACCACAGCCUCAUCAGCUCAGACCUUCCCCAUUUCGGCUCCCAUGAUUGUCUCAGCUCUUCCCCCUGGCUCACAAGCCCUGCAGGUGGUCCCUGACCUCUCCAAGAAGGUAGCAUCAACCCUAACAGAGGAAGGAGGCGGAGGUGGUGGUGGAGGUGGCAAUGUGGCUCCUAAGCCCCCUCGGGGCCGGAAGAAGAAGCGGAUGCUGGAAUCAGGGCUGCCUGAGAUGAAUGACCCUUAUGUCCUCUCCCCUGAGGAUGACGAUGACCAUCAGAAAGACGGCAAGACCUAUAGGAGCGAAGGGAACUGCGGCACAGGAAAUGGACAGAGCCUUGGGCUCAUGGAUUCAGUUCCCGGCUCCACCACGAACUUGCUGUGUGACCCUGGGUGCCGGAUGUGCUCACUGACAUUCUACUCAAAGUCGGAGAUGCAGAUCCACUCCAAGUCACACACCGAGACCAAGCCCCACAAGUGCCCGCACUGCUCCAAGACCUUCGCCAACAGCUCCUACCUGGCCCAGCACAUCCGUAUCCACUCAGGGGCCAAGCCCUACAGUUGUAACUUCUGUGAGAAAUCCUUCCGCCAGCUCUCCCACCUCCAGCAGCACACCCGGAUCCACUCCAAGAUGCACACGGAGACCAUCAAGCCCCACAAGUGCCCGCACUGCUCCAAGACCUUCGCCAACACCUCCUACCUGGCCCAGCACCUCCGAAUCCACUCGGGGGCCAAGCCCUACAACUGUUCCUACUGCCAGAAGGCCUUCCGCCAGCUCUCCCACCUCCAGCAGCACACACGAAUCCACACCGGUGACAGACCAUACAAAUGUGCACACCCGGGCUGUGAGAAAGCCUUCACGCAGCUCUCCAAUCUGCAGUCCCACAGGCGGCAGCACAACAAAGAUAAACCCUUCAAGUGCCACAACUGUCACCGGGCGUACACGGACGCAGCCUCACUAGAGGUGCACCUAUCUACGCAUACGGUGAAGCAUGCCAAGGUGUAUACCUGCACUAUCUGUAGUCGGGCAUACACGUCGGAAACGUACCUUAUGAAACAUAUGCGCAAACACAACCCUCCUGAUCUCCAGCAACAAGUGCAGGCGGCAGCGGCGGCAGCGGCGGUGGCCCAGGCCCAGGCCCAGGCCCAGGCCCAGGCUCAGGCCCAGGCCCAGGCCCAGGCUCAAGCCCAAGCCCAGGCUCAAGCCCAGGCCUCCCAGGCAUCGCAGCAGCAGCAGCAGCAGCAACAGCAGCCACAGCCACCACACUUCCAGUCCCCUGGGGCAGCCCCCCAGGGUGGGGGUGGUGGGGACAGCAACCCCAACCCUCCACCCCAGUGUUCCUUUGACCUGACCCCCUAUAAGACGGCGGAGCAUCAUAAGGACAUCUGCCUCACUGUCACCACCAGCACCAUCCAGGUGGAGCACCUGGCCAGCUCGUAGAGACCUGUGCUGCCACCCACUGGGAAGAGGGGAAAGAAGUUCUGGUCCCUUCUUUCUCCAACUUCUCUUGGUGGGAAAAGUCUUCUUCCUUGACAGGCCUUGCCUCCAUCUCCUUGGGCCUCAGGCACGGCCUUCCUACACAGGAUACCAUGCUUAUUCUCAACUCCUCUUCAAAAGGAAUAUCAGCCCUCCUGAUUGGCAAAGGAAUAAGGAGCUGGUAGUGUAAUCCAGCAGCCUCCCCUUCCAAGCAUAGCUUUUCAAAAUUGGGGGUUGGUGCUCAAGGGAGGGAUUUGCUAUGACCUCAUAGAAACGUUUCCAGUGUGGGCACUUACCCUCUCGUUACCCUCAUAAUCCUCAAAAGUUGGGGCUGGUGGAAGACUAGAGGCUGGUCCUCCCAGAUCUCUGAGAGAAGGGAGCCCUAAAUGCAACCAGCCUCCUGUUCUAUUCUUGCCUGCAAAAGAACGGAGGUUUCUCACACGCCCCGAUGAGCGGGAGCCGUCUUCCCCUCGUGGUCUCACUUCACUUCCUACCUAAUGCUGGAAGAGGGAGAUCUCAGUGGGGGUCAGACCCCCUUUAUUUGUAAGGGGCAAGGGCUGAGAUGUGGUCCCCAAGGGGCCAGAGAUACCCAAAAUGGUCAAGGGUGGCUUAGAAGUGUGGGUUAUGGUUUUCCUUGGGGCCUCUCCCCUUCUCUGCCAGCCAAGGCCCUAUACUCGGUCUCCCAGUCCCAAAGCCAGAGGAGCUGUGGGAGCUUUGUGUUCUUUAUGAAAGCCCAAAACAAAGGGUGUUGCAGAGAAGGGAGAGUUCAGGGCAAACACAAGGACUGGACUUAGCUCCCUAGGUGCCACGGUCAAUUGCCGGACACGGAUUUAUAUAUAAAUAUAUAUAUAAAUAUAUAUAUAUACCCACUCAUCACGGCCAUCUUUGUUGUAACCAUUUCUGUGUUUAUAAAUGCAUUAUCUCUCAGAAUUUUCAUAUUUGAUGUUUUGUUUAUUUUUGUCUUUUUUGUUUUUCUCCACCCUGUCUUCUGGCCAACGGCAUUUUUUAUUUCCUUUUGCCCUUUUUGUUUUUAAAUCAUGGCAGAUUUCAGAGAAAAGACAAAAUGAAAAAAAAUCAGGAAAUCAGUUGUUAUAAAGCAAUUUAAAAUGAAGAAAAAAAAACUUAUGUACAAACCAAGGGGUGUUUUUAGAACCUUGUAUAGAAAUAAAUUCGUGUAAAAGGAUCAGA